AUGGCUUCUUCAACAAUGGCUCUCUCCUCCCCUUCUCUUGCUGGCCAAGCUGUCAAGCUUGGUUCCUCUGUUUCUAACAUUGUUGGUGAGGGCCGAGUUACCAUGCGCAAAACCGCAUCCAAGUCCAAAAAUGUUUCAUCCGGCAGCCCGUGGUACGGCCCUGACCGUGUCAAAUACUUGGGCCCGUUCUCUGGCGAGGCCCCUUCUUACCUCACUGGAGAAUUCCCCGGCGAUUACGGUUGGGACACUGCUGGGCUCUCAGCUGACCCUGAGACCUUUGCCAAGAACCGUGAGCUUGAAGUUAUCCAUUCAAGAUGGGCCAUGCUCGGUGCCCUGGGCUGCGUUUUCCCUGAACUCUUAUCCCGUAACGGGGUCAAGUUCGGUGAGGCUGUAUGGUUCAAGGCUGGAGCCCAGAUAUUCAGUGAGGGUGGGCUAGACUACUUGGGAAACCCAAGCUUAGUCCAUGCCCAAAGCAUUUUGGCAAUUUGGGCCACACAAGUUAUCUUGAUGGGUGCAGUGGAAGGUUACAGAGUUGCAGGUGGGCCUCUCGGAGAGAUCACUGACCCAUUAUAUCCAGGUGGGAGCUUUGACCCAUUAGGCCUUGCAGAGGAUCCAGAGGCUUUCGCUGAGCUGAAGGUGAAGGAGCUCAAAAAUGGAAGACUGGCCAUGUUUUCCAUGUUUGGUUUCUUUGUGCAGGCCAUUGUUACAGGAAAGGGACCAAUUGAGAACUUGGCUGACCAUUUGGCUGACCCUGUUAACAACAAUGCUUGGUCAUAUGCCACAAACUUUGUUCCUGGAAAGUGA